AUGUGAUCAGCUGUGUCCAAUCACAGCUGAUCACAUAUCAGAGCACUGAUGAUCAGUGUGCCCUGAUGAUAUGUGUAGCCCCAGCAGCGCCACCUGUCAGUGUCCAUCAGUGCCAGCUCUCAGUGCUCAUCCAUGCCACCUGGCAGUGCCCAUCAGUGUCACAUUUUAGUGCCCAUCAGUGCCACAUCAAUGCCACAUAUCAGUGCCCAUCUGAGCUGCCUUUCAAUGUCACCUAUCAGUGCCACCUAUCAAUGCCAGUCAGUGCCACCUAUCAGUGCUGCCAAUUAGGGCCGCCUAUCAUUGCCCAUCAGGGCUGCCUAUCAGUG